GGUUUAUUUUAAUGUGCUCAUUCUAAAAUCUUUUUGUUUCUAGAGUAACAGCUCACAGACAGGAGACAUAACCUAAAGGUUAAUUAGACAGACAGAGAGAGGACUUUGCACUUUCCAAUUUCUCAGUAAGGAAGAUGCUUUUUUUUUUUCUUAUCUUGAAGCGAGACAACAAAGAGAGGCUGGUGAGGGAACCAUUGUUUAUAAGUGAUAUGAUCAGCCAACUUGUCACACAGAUAUUUCCACAACAUUAAUUGUAACUAUGAACAGUUAAGAGUAUUAUGUAUAUAAUACAUUAAACUUUAUGGCAAAUAAAUUAAAAUUGUAACUGUUCUUCAGGAGAUUGUGUUCAAGUCCCAGUGAUGCCAUGGUAAUCCAUGGCUAGGAGUCAAGAGAGCAAAUUCGGCUGUGAUCUCAGGGUGGAAGGGAGGAUGAUGUCUGUGAUCUCAUUGUAUGCAGAAGUGGUCAGGUGGUGCUCUCCUCUGAGUGUGUAACACUGGCAUCUGACUCAGCCAUCUGAAAAGAUGUGGAAGUUGUCUUCAGUGGUGUCAGAGGAAGCAUGUGUUAGUCUUCAUCUCCCUGGUUGAUAAUUGUCAUGGUGGGGGGAACUGGUGAGAGAAAAUGAAGGGAAAUUAAUUGCUGACAAAUUGCUGGGGUAUAUGAGGAAUAAAAGUGCAAUUAGUUGGAAUAUAAUUUGGGGUGGUAACAUUAAAUCCACUUAGUGUCAUGCCGCAUCACGCCACCCAUUGUUAUUUUCCUAUAACAAGGCAGUGGUGGUGCAGUGGUUAUUACUGUUGCCUCACAGCAAGAUGGUCUUGCUGGUCGACUGGGGCUUGUCUGUGUGGAGUUUGCAUGUUCCUUGUGCCUGCGUGGGUUUCCUCCGGGUGCUCCAGUUUCCUCCGCUAGUCCAAAGACAUGCAAAUUAGGUAAACUGGCUACUAUAAAUUGAUGUGAAUGGUCGUCUGAUUAAUUAUAUGUGCCUACCUGUGUGAUAGCCCAUGCUGUUUGGCCUGUAGUUCAUCGUUGUAAUUAAUCUUAAACACAACUCUUCAUGCGCUAUAAAUGUGGAUCUGGCAACCCUGUCAAGGUGUAUUGGUCCACGUGGCAUGCAAAGCCAGUUGUAACCUACAGGAGGCGACAUCAGCCACAAUAUUGAGCAUUAUGGGGCGGCGGUGCUUUUCAUCCGCACCGAUAACAAAACGUUGCGUUUAGAAAACCUGUAUCGCUUGUAGGAGGACACAGAUUUUACCCAACAGUGGUCCUGUUCUUCAGCGAGUGGUAAAGGCAGUAGUGUGAGAUGGUCCAGAGCAAUGUGAUGAGCACCGCGGAGGACGUGGCGGAUCAGUUCCUCCGAGUGACAAAGCAGUACCUUCCCCAUGUAGCACGAUUGUGUCUGAUCAGUACCUUCCUAGAAGAUGGUAUCAGGAUGUGGUUCCAAUGGAGCGAGCAGAAAGAUUACAUUGAGAGCUCAUGGGGAUGUGGUUUCUUCCUUGCUUCACUGUUCGUUUUAAUAAACUUACUGGGCCAGCUGGGUGGUUGUGUAUUGAUCCUGAGCAGGAAUUUUGUGGAGUGUGCCUGUUUUGGAUUGUUUGGAAUCAUUGGACUGCAGACUAUUGCCUACAGCAUUUUGUGGGACCCAAAAUUUUUAAUGAGGAACCUAGCACUCGGGGGCGGGUUGCUAUUGCUGCUGGCUGAGUCACGCUCAGAAGGCAGGAGCAUGUUUGCUGGUGUGCCCACGAUGCGAGAGAGCUCUCCUAAGCAGUACAUGCAGCUGGGAGGACGUGUGCUACUUGUGCUCAUGUUCAUGACCCUGCUCCACUUUGAUGCCAACUUCCUCUCUAUCUUACAGAAUUUGGUGGGCACGGCUCUAAUAAUCCUGGUGGCCAUCGGGUUCAAGACGAAGCUGGCUGCUCUUACUCUGGUUGUCUGGCUCUUUGUCAUCAAUGUCUAUUUCAAUGCCUUCUGGACCAUUCCAGCUUAUAGGCCCAUGCACGACUUCCUCAAGUAUGACUUCUUCCAGACCACAUCUGUGAUCGGAGGUCUACUGCUUGUGGUAGCACGAGGUCCUGGCGGAGUCUCUAUGGACGAGAAGAAGAAGGAGUGGUGAGACUGGGCAAAAUUCAAAUGGCUCUCUUGCUCACUCUAUAGUGUAUUCUCAGUAGUAGUUUUCAUACAGCAUUAUCCCUCAAAGCAAGUGCACUAUAUAGGGAGUGAUGAGCAGUUUGAGACAUGGCCUGUCGUGAAGGAACCCAGAAACCAACCCCAUGACUCGCUCUACUUCUGCAGCCCAAGCACUGUCUCACUUUUCUGUGGUUUCAGUGUGUUCUUCAUUUUUACGGGCACUUUUAGGUGUUUUUUUUUUUUUUUGUCAUAUUUAUUCACAGAAUAUAUGGCCAGACCUUGUUUUUCAUCCCUGUUGUUCACAUAAUCAUUACAAGUCUGCGAUUAUUGUUACAACAUUUUAAUAAUACUAGAAUACACCAUCUGUUUGUGGUGCCAAUCACAGUCCACCAACCAAAGAAAUGUUAAAUUUUCUACUUUAUUUUUGUAUUCAAACAACUGUGGUUGUUCUGGUGUUAUGAGCCCUGGGCCCUGUACUACGAAGCGGGUUUUCUGGCUUACCAGGGUAACUUCGAGAGUAACUUGAUCACGUGCAGCGUAACUUCCCGAUUAACCCAUACUACGAAAGUUGGCUAUGUUCAAACCGAGGUAUGCUGCCAUGGCAACUUACGCUGCAUCUCAAACCUGCUCGUCUCAGGUUAUGUUCUUGGUUAACCCGAGGUUUCCGAUUAACCACACCCUUUUUAAACACCACCUCUCCACCGACAUUUCCUCUAGAGACAAUGCCAGCGUACCUGGAUGACCCGUGCGAUAUCGGGGCGCAGAUUAAAGAUGGGAUUUAUGGCUCUUUGAUCGCAUCUUUGUGAUCCAUUCUUUGAAAAGAGCCGUUCGAAAGACUGGCUCAUUUGGCUCUUUUUAAAUAUUUAUUCAGUUUUAAGAAGACAGCGUCUAAAGAAGCCAGAUCCCUCUGCUUAGACAGUGACAUCAAUGUUUCUGGACAUACCUUUUAUUUUAAGCAACCUAGACUUACAUUAUUGUAACCUCUAAACACUCAUAAAUAACCAUUAAAAAACAAUGAGGGCUUCAAUGAAUGUCCAUCCAGAACGGCUUUUCUGUAAAAAAAAAAAAAAGAACCCACUCAAGAACAUAGUUAUCAAGAACGCAAGAAUAUUUUAUAGAAAAACACUUGUUUUACAAAAAUAUUUAAGUCUGAGAUACAAAAUAGAUAAAACUACAAUAAAUAACACAAGAACUAGUUAUCACACAAGAACAUUUUAAUAGAAAAAAACAAACUUUCUAUAUUAAAAAUAUUGAAAUUGUAACAAAAAUAGAUACAACUAUAAACAGUCAGAUAAAUAGAUAGUUAUAACAAGAACACAAGAUUAUUUUAAUAGGAAAAAACAAACUAUUAAUGCAAAAAAUAUAUUAUUAUUAGAAAAAUAGAUACAACUAGACAAACAGAUAAAUAAAUAAAAUACACAAAUAGAACAAACAAAAUGACGAUAGAAUAAAUUAAAUGAACGUCCGUGCAAAGUAGUUUUCCCACAAUAUUAUCAUUAAUAUCACACAACAACAUUAUAAACUAUAUACAAAACAAUUUGAACUAGGCAAACAGAUAAAACUUGAAUAAAUAAAAGGCAAAUGAAUGCUUGCUUGCACGCGCGCACACACACACCGUUAUGAAUGAUGUUUUUAUAUUUCAUUUUCACCUGUUGCCAGGUGCGUUUGGCACUGCUGUUGCCUCUGAAAUGUUCACAGGACAUACACCAACUUAGUCAAAGGGACUGAACAGUCAGUCAUCCUAAUUCAUGUGACUCGUGCACAUAUCAGCUUAAGUAGGCUACUCCAUGAAUUUACCAUACCAAAUUUUAUUCAGGAUUUUUCGGACAUUAAACAAGCUAUAUAUGACUGGGGCCACGUCGAAGGACCAUUUUCUGUGACUUGUGAUUGAUCAUGAAGCUUUCUCUCAUCCUAUACUUCUGUUCUGGAACAUGUAGAAGGGAGAAUGUACUUGCGCAUUUACCCGAUCGGCAAUUCGUUGCCAACAUGCUUGCCGCUCCUUAUUGGCAGCCGCUGUGUUAGAUUUUGCUCUUAAUGUUGUUUUGAACUCCUCGUAGCUUUGCAUUAUGACAGCGCAUUCUUCCUCCGUGAAGUACGGCGACCGUGCCAUUGUGAACAGUGGUGAUUUGCGCUGAUAACCUCCCCUUUAACGUGAACGCGCAUUAACCCUGAUUAGGUUAACACAGGUUCAACAAAUCAACUUCAUAAUUGGCGUCGUAGUACCGUUUAACCCCAAACAAGAUAACCAGGUUUUGUCAACCCCGGUUUAGCGGGGGAACCCUGGGUUACUUCUGGGUAGUUUGACCUCCGUUCGUAGUACAGGGCCCUGUUCUGUUUGUUUAUACACAAGUUAUAAUAACAUCAAAGUUUUUAUUGUUUGGCCUUGUAAGAUCUAAGUAAUGGGUACUUUUAAUGGGUAAGGAAUAAUGGAUAAGUAAAGUAAAUAAUAAGUAAUGGGUAUUAGAUCAUCGUUGUUUGAGUGUAUAUAUGGUUACAUUGUGUAGGGCUCAGUGUGCAUGACUGCUGACAUCAUUACAGCUCAGAAGGAGCUAAGACAGGGGUUUUCAAAGUGUGGGAGAGUCAGCCCCCCCUUGGAGAGCAAAUAAACAACAGCGCCCCCCCUACACUUUUUGUUGUUGCUAUACUUAAUGUUCCAUUCGUAUUUUUAAAAAAUGGUUGUUGUACACAUUUUUUUCUUUUUCACAUUUUAAACAUCUGUGCUUUUUAAAACAUCUUGUUUUACACAUUUUAAACAUCUCAUAGCAUCAUUAGCGAGCACCUCUUGGCAGACAACACACUGUGGCAGUGGAGCAUCUUAGAUCCAGUCCAUGAAAAUCCAAACUUUAAAUAAUCGUGGUCAUAAUUCCUUCUUUUUUCAGUCCCCCCCAGGAUUCCACGGGCCUUUUUUGUGAUUGUUGUGGGCUAAAAUGUCUGAUGUUGCGGGGGGUUUUCCAAAAAAAAUUGCGAUGAAAGUUGCGGUGUUUCUUAGGUUUUAGUUGCGAUUACAUUGCGGGAGGAAGUGAAAGUUGCGAUUUUUCUCUUUUUGUGAUUAAAAUUGAGUGAUAUGUUAAAUAUUAAGUUAUUACUGAAAAACUAUUGAUUAAAAAACAAAGACACUGAGAAAUGGUCCUAUAACCAACUUUACCAAUAUAAAAGAUUACCAGGACUACAAAAAUGCAGAAAAAUAGGCUUUAUUUAUCCAAAUGCACCUGUUGGUUCAAAAGUUAAAGUGCAGAGAACCUCACAGCACAACAUGAAGUUACCUUAAAAUAUAAUAUAAAUGCCUCAGCUUUCAUGUAAGAAAAAAAACUAUUAAUACUAGUACUGUGUGCAGGCAAUCUCUCCUGAAGACUAAAUUAAACAAUAAUUAUAAACUAAUAAAAUAAAUGGCUCAGGCUUCAUAGAAGAAAAAAAACAAUUUGAACAGAAUCUCAGUAUGAUGCUGAAGCUGCCUAAGCAAUGGAAAAUAAAAUACCAUUUUGGCAAAAAUGUUGGCAUCCAUUACUUUCUUGUAUUAAGUAAAAAAAAUUAAAAAUAAAGUGCACAUAGUGCUUCACUGUAAACAUCACACACUUUCAGCAACAGAAUUUAAGCCUACAUAAACACUGACUCACACAUCAUGCAAUGUUGCCAGAUACUGCUGACGUUUUCCAGUCCAAAAUAUGUUCAAAACCCGCCAAAAUGCACUUAAAACCAAUCUGGCAACACUGCGCGCAUGCUGCUUCGCUUGAACGUAAACACGGAAGUAAGGCGGAAGGUAGUUUGUCGACGUCACCUCAAGACGACGCCAACGAUUGGUCAAAUUUGCGGGAAAGUUGCGGUGAUUGGAUAUAAUUGUAACACCGCCCUGAAUUCGCGGGGAUUGGUUGAAUUUGCGCUGAAGUUGCAAAUCGCAACAUCCUGGAGGCUCUGGGUUUUUUUGCUUGGCCCAAACUCUGUCUCCUCACUCACUGUAGCUUUAGGUACUAAAAAUCGAUCCAUUUUGUCUCUGGUAAAGGCUCCUCAUGUUGCGCCCCCCCUGAAGAACUCUGGCGCCCCCCAGGGGGGGCGCGCCCCCCACUUUGAAAAGCCCUGAGCUAAGAGAUUAAUGUAUUGUUAAAACAAAGUUUGGGUUGUGGUCUAAAAAUAAAAAAAGGUAAACUAUAUAAUCAAUGACCACCCUUAAUGGCCUUAAUGACCCUGAAUUUUCACACUAUUCCAAGGUAAAUAUGUUUUUAUGUCAGUAUAUGGCAUUGUUAACUGUGUGUAAACUGUCAUGUAGCUAAAGUUUAUAGAAGCUGAUAGUAUUUUUCAAGCAAGCAAAGCAGGAAUUUUAAAUAAAUGGAACCCUGUGAUUUGUUAUGCAGUGGGGUGGGGUUUUUUUUUCCUCUUCCCCCUUUUUGUACAAAAAAGUGCAGAAAAUGUUGGUUUUCUAAGUGUUUUGAGCAUCUCAUACAUGUUUUGAUAAAGGGAAAAUAAAGAUGCAAAAAUGA